AUGCUUUUUUGGAAUAGACUAGAAGAUCUGGUAAUACUUCUUUUACUUGGAAAUUAUCUGGCUUAUGCCACAGAAACAAGCAUUUAUAGUGCCAGUACGGGAGGAAUUGGAUGUCAAUAUGGUACUGCUGUUGGCACUAUCAAUGGCUUUGCCGCAACUUUUUAUUCGUAUCCUAAUGGAGGCAGUGCUGCCGGAAAUACUGGUGAUGGCAGUGUUAGUACCUCCUUUUUUCAAUACAGUUAUAGUGAGUAUGGACUUUUUGGAAGUACAACUGGUGUUACCGUGCCAAGUUUCAGCUACGGUGGAGGCUCACCAGAUCGCUCAACUUCGGUUUUUGGUGUCGAGGUUAGCGGAAAUCACUUCGUUAUGGAAUUGGAUGGUUAUUUCUUUGCAACUACAUCAGGUGUGUAUACGUUAGUUCUUGAUAAUGUUGACGAUUAUGCGGCCAUCUGGUUUGGAACUGGUUUGAGCUGUUGCGACCCAACAACUCCUGAUGACAGCAUUAUUCCAGACUUUGCCACGGGAAGAAGCAAUAAUGAAAACACAAAUGGAGGAUCUGAAUACUCAGUUUACCUUACUGCAGGUUCUUACUAUCCCAUUAAAAUAAGAUAUGCUAAUGUGCUAUAUGCAGGUGAUCUCAUAUUUAGUGUUGUUGAUCCAUCAGGUAAUGUCAUUGACAACUUUGACGGAUAUGUCUACCAAUUUGUUAAUGUUGACGGAUUAUGCACAACGGUCACAGCUACACUUCCAUUAAGCACUACUACUGUAACAACAGAUGUGCCAUCCACAACUACAACAACAGAAGACGUUACAUACACAUCAGAUGGAAACAUCAUUACAAGUAGCAUAGUUGUUAUUGAAGACCCACCACUUUCCACCUUAACUGUCUAUACAGAUAUCCAAACACCAUCAACCACAACCGAAUUGACAACAUAUCCAGUAAAUGGGACAACCAUAACAAGUAGCGUUGUCAUCAUUGACCAACCUAUUUUAUCCACCACAAAUAUAACAACAAAUGUUGAUUCUGUGACCACGACCACCGAGGCUACGGAGUAUACUUCUGAUGGUAAGACAAUUAGUACUACUGUUGUUGUUGUCGAGGAACCACCUCUUUCUACUACUACUGUGAACACGGAUGUCGAUUCUGUGACCACGACCACCGAGGCUAUGGAGUAUACUUCUGAUGGUAAGACGAUUAGUACUACUGUUGUUGUUGUCGAGGAACCACCUCUUUCUACUAUUACUGUGAACACGGAUGUCGAUUCCGUGACCACGACCACCGAGGCUACGGAGUAUACUUCUGAUGGUAAGACAAUUAGUACUACUGUUGUUGUUGUCGAGGAACCACCUCUUUCUACUACUACUGUGAACACGGAUGUCGAUUCUGUGACCACGACCACCGAGGCUAUGGAGUAUACUUCUGAUGGUAAGACAAUUAGUACUACUGUUGUUGUUGUCGAGGAACCACCUCUUUCUACUAUUACUGUGAACACGGAUGUCGAUUCCGUGACCACGACCACCGAGGCUACGGAGUAUACUUCUGAUGGUAAGACAAUUAGUACUACUGUUGUUGUUGUCGAGGAACCACCUCUUUCUACUACUACUGUGAACACGGAUGUCGAUUCUGUGACCACGACCACCAAGGCUACGGAGUAUACUUCUGAUGGUAAGACGAUUAGUACUACUGUUGUUGUUGUCGAGGAGCCACCUCUUUCUACUACUACCAUUUGGACGAACGUCGAUUCCGUGACCACGACCACCGAGGCUACGGAGUACAUUUCUGAUGGUAAGACAAUUAGUACUACUGUUGUUGUUGUUGAGGAACCACCUCUCUCUACUAUUACUGUGAACACGGAUGUCGAUUCUGUGACCACGACCACCAAGGCUAUGGAGUAUACUUCUGAUGGUAAGACAAUUAGUACUACUGUUGUUGUUGUUGAGGAACCACCUCUCUCUACUAUUACUGUGAACACGGAUGUCGAUUCUGUGACCACGACCACCAAGGCUAUGGAGUAUACUUCUGAUGGUAAGACAAUUAGUACUACUGUUGUUGUUGUUGAGGAACCACCUCUCUCUACUAUUACUGUGAACACGGAUGUCGAUUCCGUGACCACGACCACCGAGGCUACGGAGUACAUUUCUGAUGGUAAGACAAUUAGUACUACUGUUGUUGUUGUCGAGGAACCACCUCUUUCUACUACUACCAUUUGGACGAACGUCGAUUCCGUGACCACGACCACCGAGGCUACGGAGUAUACUUCUGAUGGUAAGACAAUUAGUACUACUGUUGUUGUUGUCGAGGAACCACCUCUUUCUACUACUACUGUGAACACGGAUGUCGAUUCCGUGACCACGACCACCGAGGCUACGGAGUAUACUUCUGAUGGUAAGACAAUUAGUACUACUGUUGUUGUUGUCGAGGAGCCACCUCUUUCUACUACUACCAUUUGGACGAACGUCGAUUCCGUGACCACGACCACCGAGGCUACGGAGUACAUUUCUGAUGGUAAGACAAUUAGUACUACUGUUGUUGUUGUUGAGGAACCACCUCUCUCUACUAUUACUGUGAACACGGAUGUCGAUUCCGUGACCACGACCACCGAGGCUACGGAGUACAUUUCUGAUGGUAAGACGAUUAGUACUACUGUUGUUGUUGUCGAGGAGCCACCUCUUUCUACUACUACCAUUUGGACGAACGUCGAUUCCGUGACCACGACCACCGAGGCUACGGAGUAUACUUCUGAUGGUAAGACAAUUAGUACUACUGUUGUUGUUGUCGAGGAGCCACCUCUUUCUACUACUACCAUUUGGACGAACGUCGAUUCCGUGACCACGACCACCGAGGCUACGGAGUAUACUUCUGAUGGUAAGACAAUUAGUACUACUGUUGUUGUUGUUGAGGAACCACCUCUCUCUACUAUUACUGUGAACACGGAUGUCGAUUCCGUGACCACGACCACCAAGGCUAUGGAGUAUACUUCUGAUGGUAAGACAAUUAGUACUACUGUUGUUGUUGUCGAGGAACCACCUCUCUCUACUACUACCAUUUGGACGAACGUCGAUUCCGUGACCACGACCACCGAGGCUACGGAGUACAUUUCUGAUGGUAAGACGAUUAGUACUACUGUUGUUGUUGUCGAGGAACCACCUCUUUCUACUAUUACUGUGAACACGGAUGUCGAUUCCGUGACCACGACCACCGAGGCUACGGAGUAUACUUCUGAUGGUAAGACAAUUAGUACUACUGUUGUUGUUGUCGAGGAACCACCUCUUUCUACUACUACUGUGAACACGGAUGUCGAUUCCGUGACCACGACCACCGAGGCUACGGAGUACAUUUCUGAUGGUAAGACGAUUAGUACUACUGUUGUUGUUGUCGAGGAACCACCUCUUUCUACUACUACCAUUUGGACGAACGUCGAUUCCGUGACCACGACCACCGAGGCUACGGAGUAUACUUCUGAUGGUAAGACAAUUAGUACUACUGUUGUUGUUGUCGAGGAGCCACCUCUUUCUACUACUACCAUUUGGACGAACGUCGAUUCCGUGACCACGACCACCGAGGCUACGGAGUAUACUUCUGAUGGUAAGACGAUUAGUACUACUGUUGUUGUUGUCGAGGAGCCACCUCUUUCUACUACUACCAUUUGGACGAACGUCGAUUCCGUGACCACGACCACCGAGGCUACGGAGUAUACUUCUGAUGGUAAGACAAUUAGUACUACUGUUGUUGUUGUUGAGGAACCACCUCUCUCUACUAUUACUGUGAACACGGAUGUCGAUUCCGUGACCACGACCACCGAGGCUACGGAGUAUACUUCUGAUGGUAAGACAAUUAGUACUACUGUUGUUGUUGUCGAGGAGCCACCUCUUUCUACUACUACCAUUUGGACGAACGUCGAUUCCGUGACCACGACCACCGAGGCUACGGAGUAUACUUCUGAUGGUAAGACGAUUAGUACUACUGUUGUUGUUGUCGAGGAGCCACCUCUUUCUACUACUACCAUUUGGACGAACGUCGAUUCCGUGACCACGACCACCGAGGCUACGGAGUACAUUUCUGAUGGUAAGACAAUUAGUACUACUGUUGUUGUUGUUGAGGAACCACCUCUCUCUACUAUUACUGUGAACACGGAUGUCGAUUCCGUGACCACGACCACCGAGGCUACGGAGUAUACUUCUGAUGGUAAGACAAUUAGUACUACUGUUGUUGUUGUCGAGGAGCCACCUCUUUCUACUACUACCAUUUGGACGAACGUCGAUUCUGUGACCACGACCACCAAGGCUACGGAGUAUACUUCUGAUGGUAAGACGAUUAGUACUACUGUUGUUGUUGUCGAGGAGCCACCUCUUUCUACUACUACCAUUUGGACGAACGUCGAUUCCGUGACCACGACCACCGAGGCUACGGAGUACAUUUCUGAUGGUAAGACGAUUAGUACUACUGUUGUUGUUGUCGAGGAACCACCUCUCUCUACUAUUACUGUGAACACGGAUGUCGAUUCUGUGACCACGACCACCAAGGCUAUGGAGUAUACUUCUGAUGGUAAGACAAUUAGUACUACUGUUGUUGUUGUCGAGGAGCCACCUCUUUCUACUACUACCAUUUGGACGAACGUCGAUUCCGUGACCACGACCACCGAGGCUACGGAGUACAUUUCUGAUGGUAAGACGAUUAGUACUACUGUUGUUGUUGUCGAGGAGCCACCUCUUUCUACUACUACCAUUUGGACGAACGUCGAUUCCGUGACCACGACCACCGAGGCUACGGAGUACAUUUCUGAUGGUAAGACAAUUAGUACUACUGUUGUUGUUGUCGAGGAACCACCUCUUUCUACUACUACUGUGAACACGGAUGUCGAUUCUGUGACCACGACCACCGAGGCUACGGAGUAUACUUCUGAUGGUAAGACAAUUAGUACUACUGUUGUUGUUGUCGAGGAACCACCUAUGUCAAGAAGUACGGUGACAUCUGAUGUGCAGAAAGAAAUUGUUACCACGGUGAUGAGUGGUUGCAUGUUGGAUGGUAGAAGGAUUACUAGUGGGUUCGUUCUUGUGGAAGUGCCAUCACAAGCUGUAUCGAUUGUGGAAAAUAGUGGAGAUGUGAGCACGUUGACAUCUCAACAGUUUGGGUACUAUAGUAAUACGUCUGUGGCUAGUCGUACAAUGUCUUUGUCGUAUUCUUCGAGCGUUGAGACAGUAACGACCGACGUCGAGUGUUCAUCGAAAAUGACGGAUAUGAUCACGUGGACAUCGCAUCUAAGUUCUUCGAGUGAUGGCACCAAGUUUGAUAGGAAAACGACGACUGUAAAUCCAGGUUAUAUGACCUCCGGAGGCAAUAUUGUGACUAGUACAGCACCUGUUAAUACGGAUACCUCUGGCAUCCAGCCCCAGACACGAGGUACCGAGGGAAUGCGUUCUGCCACAAAAAAUGAAUUUGAUCAUUCAAGUUCGUCAGGAAGUUGGAUAAAUGGAUCCGGUAAAAGAUCUGGAAUUUUGAGUGCUGUGGAAUCGAGAACUUCAUCAUUAUCAAGUAAAUCAAAAAUGACAGCUAAUGAUGUGCUUACCGCUAGUGAGAUGUCCUCAUACAAAUUUGGAAGCUCUAUAAAGUCAGGAAAAGAAACAACGACGUCUUCGGACAUAGUUGAACCAACAUUAUCAACAACAUCUCUCUCGAUUUCAUCUCCGGUUUCGAGUAUGACAUCACCGGAUGCUUCAGUUUAUGAAGGUGCAGCAGUUAAGACACAUUAUAACAUUCAAGUACUUGUUUCAGUACUUGUGAUACUUCUUAUCUGA